GAGUUCAGUUACAGUCACGUACCGCAAGAAAGAUCGAUUCGCAUUUUUUUUAACCUUAAUUUUAUGUGUUUCUGUAAUUACUACUUACUUUUGUAUCGUUGAAAUGUGUCUUAUACCAAAUAUAUCGAUUUAUAAUAUAUAAAUCGACAUUUACUUUAUAAGGCACAACCUGGGUGCUAAUAACACUUUUUUGAACAGGCUUGUACUAAAUUACGGAUAUAACGACUGCAGCCUACAAGGAGGGAGGCUGAGGACAAAGCUACAGCGGAUGGACGCUUCGAGCUGAGCUACGCUGAGAAAUGCGGGCUCCUGUGUGCCACAACUGAGCAGCAUGAUGUUUGCUGCUAAGAAAACCCUGUACAGAAAACGCUUCCUCAAUCUUUCAAGUUGACAAGUCUCCUUUUCUGCAAUGGAAGCACAGGUAUGCCGCCAGCGCUGGAAAUUAAAUCACAGAGAGCUACAGAGCAAGAGAUGCUCAACUACAGAAGUCACUGAAAGAGUCAAGAUAAAAAAGGGGGACAAAGAAGAGCCAUACAAAGGUGUUACCAUGGCAGCAACCUCCAAGUAUCUGACAGGCAGGCAAUAUCUCACUAGGAAGCCUCUGUUUUCUGUAGAAGAGCAUGUGUCUAUCUUAAAGAAGACACGUCCACAGAGGCUCAUGGAAAAGGAGAAACAGCAGGACAGAAGUGAACAUCAUAAUAUUACAUUGUUGACCAAACCAAGAGUGGAGCUCAUCCCACAGAGACUUAGCCUGUCUCCCAUUGAAAUAUCACUUCCCUCUACCUCUGAAGAAGACCUCGGCUCACCCUUGGGUGUUUCAGAGCUGCACCAUGAGGACUCCACUACAUUUGGAACAUCUUUCCCUGUCAACAGAUUGGCUCAGCAGAGCCUCGCAAGCUCUAACUUUAAAGUCUGUGGACUUGACCUUCCUCUGAAGCCCAGACUGACCUCCACAGUCCUGUAUCCUACGUACACCCCCUGUUCAAACAAACGAGCCCAAGCUCAGCGUAUGAUAGAGAGCUGGAGGGAGAGAAAACUGUGUUCUUUCAACUAUAAAGAGAUUCCCAAGUCUCCCUAUCAGGCAGACUACUGGGCCUGUGCCAUCCCUGAAACUUUGCCCCCAUCUCCAGACAGGCACUCUAGAGUAUGGGAUCCAAACAAGGAGUACCAGGAACUGCUGGAUUACACCUACCCACUAAGACCAAGACAGGUAGACCGUAAAUGGGACAGCUCCAAGAGCCUUCAGGAUGACAGCCUUCAGACAGACCUCAACCUGGAGGACUCAGGAAUUGCAAUGGGCCACCCAUGUAGUUCCACCAGCCUGCCAGGGUUGGACAUUUCAACAAGUGCAAGAGGACAGAGCAGUGAAAGAGUCAUUCUUAGCUCGAAUGUAAUGUCACCUGACCGGCAGUUCAUCACUAGAUCUUCAGGUGAACCACUCUCCCUGCUUUCUUUGUCCUCGGACUGUCUGGACUGCAGUGAGGAUGGAGGGGAAAUAAAUCCUAUCAUUAGUGAUGGUCUCAAUUAUCAGCACCAUAUGCGAUCCACAUCUACCUUUUCUGCUUUCAUACGCUCUGAAAGUGUACUUCGACAGUCCAGGUGUGUGUAUGGGGACCUGGAUGAGGAAUUCCGACCUCUUCCAGACCAGGUGGAGGAGCUGCAGCUCCUGUCCAGACAGGUGAGGGAGAUGACAGCCCAGCUGAGCUGCCCUGUCACAGCUAACUGGGACUCCUUGGAACCAUGCACCACCUCCGUCCCCUCUUCUGUUACCUUGCCAGGAAAACAGGGGCCCAGGGUUGAGGAGGAAAGGACUAAAGUCAAGGAGCUCCAGGAGGACAAACAAGACAAAAAAGACUUUAAAAAGUGGAGCACAGAGCACAAAAGUACUCCUCAGACAGCAGCGAUUCACGUAGGGCAUGCUGGGGGUGGCCUGGGUCGCCCUAGUCUCAAGAAGGCUGAGACUUUGGUGGACCGACUGUGUGGGCUCAGCCUGAUUGAUAAUCCAAAGGAGAGCUUGGAGGGCCAGGAGCAGAGUGACUCUCUGAUGCAACACAUCAAGGUCUUCUGUUCUCACCUGGAGCUGCUCAUCCAGCAGCUGAAUGUCGUGUCAGAAAAGAUGGAGCUGCUGACUGCACCCACUGCGGACGUGGAUCGUGGGAAGUCAUCUCUGGCUGAGUACCAGAGCUUUCAGAGAGAACUUAGCAGCCAUCAGCCGCUGGCCUCCUGCGUUCUGCAUACAGGACAGCUACUCCUCAGCUGCAUCAACAGCACCUCUCCAUUUUUAAGAGACACCUUGCUCCUGAUUGAGAGUCAGUCAGAAAUGCUGCAGGCCCACAAUGAACACUUCUUCUCCUCCAUCCUGUCUGGGCUGACCCAGGCUGUCUAUAGCAAUCAGGCCAGUCCUGUCCAACAGAGCACAAAGGAGCGUUCCUUAGUGGUCCAGGAGUCAACUUAACAGACCUCAACGACAGUUGAGCAGACCUCAUGGCACGUCUGCAUCACAAAUAUAAAUAUUUGGUGUUGUUUCUGUCUAAGAACUCUGCUUUUGAUACAAGGCUCUCAUUUACUAUUCACAGAAACCACCAGUUCCUUUUUCACAUAAGCCUUCAGGACCAGCACAGAGCUACCAAAACAUUUUGCAAAAAAAUGUUCUUUUGUUAGUCUUAAUAUUGCACUACUUUUUCUACCUAUACUUAAUAUCACAUUUGUGUUUUCAAAGACAUGUUUUUAUCACAGAAGUCAAAUUAAAAGUCUGUUAACCAUUUAUUUUUAAAAA